GGGAAGGAAGGGGAAGAAAGGGGAAAGAGAAGGGAAGCCUUCUUCGCCAACGAGAAGGACGGGUCUUCGCGAUGGUUUCUGAUCCUCGUGCUCUGUAUGUCGCCCACCUGCCCGACGGAUGCACGAAGGAGCAUCUUGAGGAGCUGGCGAAGGACCUGCGGGGCUUCAAGGAGGCGCGGCUGGUACCAGGGCGCGCGGAGGGCUUCUACGCAUUCGUGGACUUCGCUGACGCCGAGUGCUGCCGCGCUGCUUUGCCGCUGCUCGAGGUCAGCAAUGAAGGAGAGGAAGGAGAGGACACCAACUGAUGCAGAGAGGCCACCGUGCACGCUGUCCUGGUCUGUGGGUUGCAUAUGUCUUGGUUUGUCAGGACAAGAAGCUGCCGGCAUUUCCCUCCUUCCCCGGCCUGAAGAUCUCCUACGCCCGCACUUCCAAGAGGAUCCGCGAGGAGUCCCCCGACCUGAGGACCGCCCAGCGCCCUCGCUCAGACAAACCCCCUCCCCGCAGAGGACGCGAGCGCGAGCGGGAGAGGGAGAGGGAGAGGGAAAGAGAGAGAGAGCGGGAGGCGCCGGUGGGCAGUCAGCCGUCCAAUGUGGUGUAUGUGGACUACAUCCCCGGCGACUGCACGGAGAGGGAGCUGUCGCACAUCUUCCGGCCGUUCCCCGGCUAUGUGAGCUGCCGUGUGGUGCCGCGGCAGGGCACCCGGUGGCUGUAUGGGUUUGUCGUCUACACCAACGACGAGCAGGCGGGGCUGGUCAUCGACACGGCGCAGGGCUAUCGCCUCAGCCCGGAGGACCAGCGGGGGCUGGAGCUCAUGUAUGCCAAGACCAGUGUGCGCGUGUCGAGGAGGGGCAACAAGCGAUAGAUUGUCAGGGGUAGCUAGCUAUUGACGGGAUGGUGUAUCGUUUUCGACGGCUGGCCACGGUUUUUCUGUCUUGUUGGUGAGUUGAGGUGACGGCCGAACGUAUGUGAACAGCAAGUGUUGGGGCGUGAGUGUACUUCCCUUUUGCUGGGUGGUGGGCUGUGUGUGCUGCUAUUUUAUCCUUCCUUGGCGACGCACCUUCCUCGGGUGAUUUGGUCCUGUCAGCCCUUCUCACUGGCAGGACACAAUUGUCGAUGAUGGAGAAGGCGCCGAUGGAAGGAAAGACAGAAGACCGGCACCUGUGUGCCGUGCCGACGAGGAAGGUGCAUAGACUCCAUGUUUGUGUCGUGUCUUCUGCACAGUCACUGUGAUGUGCUGGGUAUCGAGUUCGCAUGACGCACUUGGUCCCGCUGCUUGAAUCUCAUGCACCUGCCCGGAUAUGGAGAUCUGGCCAGAUGCAUGAGUCUGAUGCCAGCUCACG